AUAUUUUAUAGAGACGAAAACAAAAUUUAAUUUUAUAAUUCAUUGUUCAUUUCCUUUGGUCCCGUCCACCGAGUCCGAGGAUUGAAAUUGAAUCCCAUAAUCCUUAUCUCAUAAGUCAUAACAUAAGAAUACUCGAAUCACACGAAAAUGGCAAAUGCUUUGAAGGUUGGCAGUGUCAUCUCACUUUGCUCCUUAAGGAGAAGAAGCACUUCACCCCAUCACUCCCUUCUUCCCAAUUCCACGCGCUUUCGUUCCCAGUUCCCUUUUUUCUCCCUCUCAUCAUCACCAAAACCAUAUGGGUUUCCUUCAUUUUGCACACUCUCUUCUCCUUCUUCUUCAGCAGAAGAGGCAGUGAGGGAAGCCAUAGUCAAUGAUGGUGAAGCUGAAAACAGUAUUAAGGACGCGGCAGGUUUGCUUGACAUAAGGGUUGGUCGCAUUCUGAGGGCAUGGAAACACGAUGAAGCUGAUUCUCUUUACGUGGAAGAGGUCGACAUUGGUGAGGCCGAACCCAGAAUCAUAUGCAGUGGCCUUGUCAACUAUAUCCCUCUUCAACACCUUCAGGGCAAAAAGGUUAUUGUCCUUUCCAACCUGAAGCCAAGGAAUAUGCGUGGUGUCAAGUCUUGCGGAAUGCUGAUGGCUGCUUCUGAUGCAAAGCAUGAGAAUGUUGAACUUCUGUUUCCUCCUGAGGAAGCAACCCCUGGCGAAAGAAUAUGGUUUGGUACAGAAGAUGAAAAGGAUAAUCAACCUGCUGCUGCCACUCCAAAUCAGAUACAAAAGAAAAAGAUAUGGGAAUUGGUGCAGCCUCAUCUUAAGACAGAUGCUUCUUGUAUUGCAAUGCUAGGGAUGCAUGUCAUGCGUACAUCUGUGGGUUCAGUGGCAUGCCAAUCAUUGCAGAAUGCAAAUAUCUCCUGAUCAGCACUGUGAAUUUUUUACCCUCCACAGCCAUUCAGGCACUGCCUAUUCAUAAUUCAUAUGCCAUUAUUCUCUGCUUCCAAUUUUUGGUUGAUGCGCGAACACUUAUAUUUUUUGUACUAUGAGUUCUUCUAAUGGUUUUAAUUUCUAUUUUAGCCGUUUCACCUGGACAUAAUGAUAUCAGCAUUGCAUAAAUAUCCUGUUGGGGGAGGGGGUAAAUGAUUUUUCUUUAGAUUCUAAUAUUCUAAACAAAUAAUUAGACUAUCACUGUUUAGCACUACUAACGUAAAUAUCAGUUAUUAUUUUGGGG